GAGGGGAAUUGUUCGACUGAAACGAAAGUACUCAUUCGAAGUGCCAUUCGGCCACCACCGUUACUCGUUUUGAGCGAUCGGCGCUAUUCGGAUGUAGUUUUGUCGACUUCACACUGCGCCGUUCCAUGCACGGCGGCGUCCAUCCGGUAAAAAUAAUAUAGGAGCUGUCUGCACGGACGGCCACUGCAGAGCAGUUCUGGUGUGUCAAUAAGUUUGAGGUGCACCGAAUGCUGGAAUGAGAAGGCCCUGGCGUUUCGGCAGGAUUUCAGGGGUCAUCUUCAUCGCAUGAUACAGCCUGACUGACAGAUCCAUCCUCAUCUUUCCAAUACAGUAUUUCCAUAUUCUGUGACUGGUCAGCAGCAGUAUGAAGGGUGGAGGUGGAGGAAAGGAACCUCCGGUGGAGGGAGAGGUCAGCGGAAAGAGGCCCAAACGCAAGUGCCUGCAGUGGCACCCGCUGCUUGCCAAGAAAGCUCCAGACUACUCUGAGGAAGAGGAGGAGGAGGAUGAAGAGGAGCUGGAGAAGGAGCCAGUGUUAUGUGCAAAGAGUGGGGGUCAGGAGACAGAAUGUGGUGGAGUGGAAGAUGAUGGUGAAGAAUUCUCAUCUGAGCAGCGGGCUCGCCGGCCCAUGAAUGCCUUCCUGCUGUUCUGCAAACGGCACCGCUCGCUAGUCCGGCAGGAGCACCCACGACUUGACAACCGGGGUGCCACUAAGAUCCUGGCAGACUGGUGGGCUGUAUUGGAUCCCACAGAAAAACAGAAAUACACAGACAUGGCCAAAGAGUACAAGGAUGCCUUCAUGAAGGCUAACCCAGGUUACAAAUGGUGUCCUGCCACCAACAAGCCGGUAAAGAGUCCCUCCCACUCUGUGAGUAAUGCCCGUAAGAAGGUCUGGUCCCUGCCCUCUAACCCUAGCAAGGAUUCUUCCGUUGCCAAAAAACAGCCCAAAACUGACAGCACACCCCAGCUUAACUUUGCCAUGGCAGAUCCCACUAAGAUGGGGGGCCUAAGCAUGCUGCUGUUAGCUGGGGAACACGCCCUGACUGCCAGAGAGAUUUCCUCCAGCUCUUCCCAAUCAGGAAGCACAGAUGUUGCUAAACAUACUGGGAAAUCAGCCCUUUUCCAGCUCGCUGAGCAGAUUUCUUCCAGUCCAGUGCAGCCAACUGGGGGAAGGAAAAAUGCUGAGGAUACAAGCUCUCUCACACAUGUAGAGGCCUCUGGACCAUCUCAGCCAAGCUCACCAGACCUCCCCAAAAGUUGUGUUAAAUCACCCCUGUUUCAGCUGGCUGAGCAGAUCUCCUCCAGUAGGUCUCAAUCUGUGUCUGAAGGGAGGCAGUGUGGUCAGUCAGCUCUUUUCCAGCUCGCUGAGAUUAGUCUGGCCUCUGAGGCAGAAAAGAUGGAAGCUCGUUCCUCCCAGCCCUCAGGUGGUUCCUCAUCUCUCUGUGCUCAGCACAGCUCAAGUAGCACAUCCAACCCUGACCACAAAGAGCACAUGGACUCUCCUCAUCUUCCUCUUGACACGCCAUCGUCAUCAUCAUCUUCCUCUUCUGCCUCUACCUCCGGCUCCUCCUCUUCCACUGUCACCACCCCAACUGAGCUUAGCCCAUCAAAGACACCGAAGAAGAAGAAAAAGAAGAAAGAAAAUAAAGCGUCCGACGAGUCUGAGAAGAAUCCCGGUUCGCCCAAAAAAGUGAAGAAGCGUCAGUCAUCCGAGUCGGACUUGGACAGUGUAAUGUUCACUAUUGAGGCAGUAGCUAAAGGUGCUUGGGGCUCAGAAGAGAUACCCAGGAAGAAACCUCGUCCCUCAGGAAGUGAGAGCAGCCCCGUCGCGGACCAAUCUCCACCUGUGAACAAGAAAACGAAACCUAAACCGAAGAAACAGCUGAAGAUGAAAGAAGACGUGACGGAGGAAGAGGGGGAAGAAGAAAAUAUAAAGCAACAGGAUGUGGAAAUGAAAACAGAGGAAGCUCACCUGAACCCUAAGACAGAGGAUGAGAAGGAGCCAGAUGUGAAGGUUGAGCCCCCUAGCUGUGUGGAAGAAUUAGCACCUCACUGUUCUUCUCCACUUCCGAUUGAACCAGAAGAGAAAGACACAGACACCAAACCGCCUAAAGCCAGAGAGGAGGAUAAAGAACCAGAGGUUAAACCAGAGGCCUGUGGCUCCAGGAAGUCAGAGCGAAGCUGUAAAGGAGCGCUUUAUAAGACUCUGGUGUCUGAAGGGAUGCUCACAUCAUUGAGAGCAAAUGUGGAUAGAGGGAAAAGAGGUUCUAUGCGUGGCAGUUUGUCCGAUCAUGAGGGUGGCUGGAAUGAUGAGAGCUGGGGAUUUUCUCAGACUGCUGCCAGCAACCCUAAAAAGCUCAAGAAGUCCAAGUCCAAAGAGGAAAGCACCCCAGGACUAGGAAAGCUUGAAGAGGAGUUCGAGAAAAAGUUCAACAGCUUACCGCAGUACAGCCCCCUGACAUUUGACAAAAAGACUGUGGCGGUCACCAAGAAGAAAAAAACAAGUAUGUCCAGCCCUCCUGAACAGCCCAAACCCUGUAAGGGUUCAUCCUCAUCUCAGAAAAAGACUUUAUUCCACAAGAUAGUCAACAAGUACAAACACAGGAAGGAGAAAUCCAUUGCAGCAGACAAAGACAAUGUCGUACCUGACCCUGUGCUCAUGGAAACAAGUCCAGUGAAGUCGGGUAGUCCAUGUGUGUCUCCCACUCCUGAGCCCCUGAAAGUUCUGGACUCGCCCGUGGGCAGUCAGAAAAGGAAGGCCAGGAAGAGUAAAAUCACACACUUGGUGCGCACAGCCGAUGGCCGUGUGUCACCUGCAGAGGAGGAAAAAUCUGAUCAGGCCAAGAAUCAGGAUGAAAAGCCAUUUACUCAAGAGACAUUAUGCAAUAGAGGGGGCUGCUACACUGACCCCAGGUCAGCGGAAGUGGACAGGGCGGACGCGUCUGGUGGCCUCCCGGCCUUCUUCAGCUUAGCAGCCCUCGCUGAGGUUGCAGCCAUGGAGAAUGUGCACAGAGCCCAGCGUGCUGUGAGCAUCCCCACUGAUGGUCAAGUAAAGGACAUGGCCCCUGUAUUGAUCUCCUGUGCAGACCAGUGAGGUCUUAGCCUGGCCCGGGCCAGGUCCAACCUGGUCAGGGCCCAUGUAUGGACAUGCUGGGACCUUAUCCUUGACCCCUGGCCCUGCUGCUUGGGGGAUACAGAGAAAGAGAGAGAGACUGGAAAGGGAUGAGAGAAGCUCUGAGAUGGAUGAUGUUUUAUCCCAGAAGCCUUCACCUUCCACCCCACACCACCCUCCCUCCCUUUCACCCCCUCGGGGCCCCAGGGAAGCCAAUCCUGGUCCCCGAGCUUCCUCUGUUGGCUCCGGACCAGUUAUCAGACUUUACAAUCUGCAAGAAAUGGCUACUAUUUAAGGUCAAGUUUUGCGUACAAGUGCAUUGAAGCAAGUGCUCUCUCUCUAUUUGUCUUUUUCUAUAUAUUUUUUUCUGGUAAGCUUCAUUGCACAAACUUCUUCACAUUGCAACAUUCACUCUCUCUUGGUCAGAGGAAUGUUUUAUGGCUUCCUUCUGCCCUUCCUGGUCUGAAUCUAAAGAGAGGGAGAGAGAGAGAGAGUGUGUGUGUGUGUGUGUGUGUGUGUGUGUGUGUGUGAGAGAGAGAGAGAGAGAGAGAGAGAGUGUGUUUCAAGACUGCUCAACCUCAGCUUCAUACCUCAAGCCCUAUUCAGAUUUUUUCUGUUCAUGGUUCAAUACCAUCUUCACCUUCACAAUGCACAGUUGAUGCCUAGAUGCCUCUUUACUUUCAAGCAAUGACCCUCAAUUUGUCUGGUGCCUCUGUCAGUUAAGAGAAAGCACCUGUUUUUCUCUCACAAACAGCAGUAAUAUGUCAGGGGGGAGCCGGAUGUUUGUGCGAGUCGUGCUGCGGUCGCACGCAUGCCUACAAGAGUUUCUGACAGACUGAAUCACCUGGUGGAAAACCAGUUGAAACUUCCGAAAUUGUGACACACUGUCACUAUUCAUUCUGUGCUUUUGCAUAGCCAGGGUCCAAAAUUAACUCUUGCAAAGUGCCAAAUGGGAGUAAAAAUGAAUCGCUAACUUUAUUAGGAACUGCAGCAUUGCUUGGUUUAAACCGAAUUGUAACAACACUGGUCUGAACCUCGCUAAUGUAGGUGACUUGCGCUAUUCAAAUCAAAGACACAAACAAACAUAUUAACAUAAACAAGUGACGCGACUUGCGCAUCUUCUAACGAUGUAUAGUCUACAUCAGUGGAACAUUUUCAAUCUUAAGUUUAUCUAGGACGUCUACUUGUUUUUUUUUUUCUCCCGAACUCCUUGUGGCAAAACAUAUGUGGAAUAUUCCUUGGAUUAAGUCACCAAAACAAAAAUCUGAAGUUCAGUAUCACAUUGUGCUAACGAUUCUAAAAAACGAUGCAGUUUGUGACAAGUGCAGUUUCACCAUGAGACGGAGACUGACUCGUCUCAUAAAUGAUGCUGCGAGUGACCUGCGCUGUUUGUAAGUAAUAGCUAAAUAAUCCCUCUGUUUAUUUUUCCUGGUAAAUUUUCUCAAUUCACUCGUCGUUGGCCAAUGUGGCAAAAGUUAUUCUGGACCCUGUGCACAGCUAUAAAUGAGUUUGGUAUCAGAGCAGUAUGGUGAUACUUGAAUGAAAAAAAAAAUGCAUUUUAUGUCAAUACUUGACCUUACUGCAGUGUGUAGCGUCUUGCUGGAUAAUCCAAAAGAGUGCUACUUGUCUCCUAAUAUAGUUUAAUAACAGACACUGCACUAAUUUUUUAGCUACCGUAGACGAGGCUUUUAAUAGACUUUGGCUUUUGCUAUAAUAGCGAUUAAUUGUUUGUAGUUUUGUUUAGUAUCAAAUUAGCUUUUGUAUUGUCACUGAGAUACUCAGUCCUCAUUUUCCUCUUGUAGCUGAGGCAGUAGAUGCUGUUCAUUCCAGCUAAAAGUACCAGCACACAGUGGGAGAGAGCUGGAAAUGAAAGAAAAAUAAUGGAGAAUCCUGCUGAAAAAACCCUAGCAUUAAUUUCCUUGAUGGUUUGGUGCUGGUCUCGCUAGUGGACCAACAUAGCCAUGCUGUUCACCAGCAAAACUUAGUUGAUGAAACUGGUUGACCAAGGCAGUCUUGCUGGUUAAAGGGAUAGUUCAUCCAAAAAUAAAGAUUCUGUCAUAAUUUCCUUGCCCUCUUGUCGUUUCAAACCUGUAUGACUUUCUUUUGCGGAACACAAAAGGAGAUCUUUGAAUGAAUAUUCCGGUCCAUCUUUUCAAUACAAUGGCAAUUGAUAGUGACUUCAGAGCUUAAAAAAAAGGACCCAAAGAAAUCAUAAACGUAGUCCACGUGUCAUCUGCAAAGCUUUCUGAAGGCAUAUGAUAGGUUUUUGUAAAACCCAAAAUGUGACAUUUUUCAGCAAAAUUAUUGACGUCAGCUGCGUGUUCAUGGCCACUAUGAGAGAGGCUUGUUCACAAUGGCUUGCUAAAAACAAUGCUCUCGAUAAUAAAUAGUUCUUAUGUCUUUGAGGGUGAGUAAAUAAUGACAGAAUUUUCAUUUUGGUUGAACUGUCCUUUCAACUAUCCAAAUCACAACGUAAGCGGGUGACCAGCCCCAUUGUUUUUUCAGUAGGGAAGAGUAGAAAGAAAUUUCUCUCACUCACAUACACUUUGUAUCAUGGGAUUUGAAGCAUAUGUGUACUGCAUAUGUGCACAUCCUGUGUUUCAGGCACUUGUGAUUCAGACCAUACCAGUGUCAUGUUCUGCUCCCUGUGUUCUUGGGCUGGUUUGAACCUCAGAUUCUGCUUUCUGAAACCCUCCUUAGAACCCAGGAAGCCUAUAUUAUAUAAAUGAAGGAAUGCUAUAAGCCAGAUCACAGGUUUAAAACCCGUCACUAGCUAUCUUAUGCUGUUACAGUCACGCUUUUCCCUUUUUAACGUGAUAAUUGAUGCUCUUUUGUUCAUUUUGCUCUUAAAGUCACCAAUUAUUCUUCUUAAAAUUAUAUUGUCUGUGAAUUUAUGAACUUAUAACUAGUAAGGUUUUUUUUUUACUUCUUUGAAAUACUGUAAUUUCCCUAAAAAUUCUUCUGUAGGGCGCCGUUUUCCUUGCUUUCUUUGUAAUGUUUUGUCAUAAAACCUCAGCCUUUCCUGAGGUCUACUGGAUCAAGACUGUUGUCAAAAGCUCAUAUACAAAUAUCUGUAUGUGUGUAUAUAUAUUAUAUACCUAUGCUUACCUGUUAAGCCAACAAGCACUGAAAAAUAAUGUACCGCCUCUAGACGAUUAGUUCCUGCUUUUGGAGUGCACGCGCGUGGCCAACAUCUAGUGUGCAAGGUGGGGCGCAAGAAUUAUGUCUGAAUGUUCCCCCCUCCCAGUUAUUUAUACUAUAGAGGCAUUUACUCAAAGCCAAGGGUUUAAACCUCAGUGUAUUUUAAGUAAUAGAAAGCUUGCAAUUGUGCCUGAGGCAGUCGUGAGAACUAUUAAUGUUUACCUGAAGAAUCAAAACCUAAUCACUUUUUUAAGUGUGAUUUUACGAAGCUAGGUAAAUUUUAUAAAUCACCUUUAUGGCCCGCUUUAGAAGCGAGUAGUCGGGUGAAAGUAUUAUUAAUUAUGAAUAAUAAGAUGCUAAAGCUCCUGCUCAUCUGUGUUGAAAUCAUUUGAUUGUGAUUAUGGACGUUUGAAGUGUAUCAGGCAGCAGUCUGACUGUGAAUCCCCUCUUCAGUAUAAACAUUAGGCAGGGAGAACGGCAUGUUUAAUAUGAUGCGAAUAAAAAUGGGGCUGUGAGAUACAUGUACAAUUUGUUCUGAAAGCUCGACACCAAGUUAAACAUGGCUUCUAUCCUGCCUAAGGUCCAUAGGAGGAAUAUCUGUUUCCUCCAAGUGCAAUGAAUCAUGUUCAAUGAGACUCAAAAUGUUGCGUCCCAAAUGUUCCUUUGAAGUUACUGUAAGAUGUCUUCCCUCGUGUUUUAAGUUCUUCCCAGAGAUCAGAAGUACCAUACAUGUGCGUAUGACACGUUGUUCUCUCAGACAUUUGCUAAAAAAAAGUGAAAAUGAUCUGUAAGGGAAAUUUCAUGAUGCAGAGGGUCAGGCAUGCUUAUUCCACUGAGCUUAGCCAGUGGAUCUGUCUUCAGGUUUAAAAUGUAUUAUAUCAGCACAAUUCUAAUACUUCUAAUCUUUUUAGAUGGUUGUCCUCUGAAUUUACCUACAGUGAGAGUGGUGUGCAAAUGUCGGCACCUUUUCAAUGCCUAUUUUAGAAAGACAAUAUUUGCACCUUAAACCCAUACCAAAGCAACAUUAUGUUCUUAGAGGGAUAGUUCACCCAUAAAUGAACAUUGUCACCAUUUUGCCAGCUUUAUCUCGCUCCAAACCAGUAUGACUUUCUUUCAUUCAUGAAACACAAAAAGAGAACUAAAGCAGAAUGUAGAAUGUAGUUUCCAUACAAUGAAAGUGAACGGUGACCAGGGACUAUCUAAAAAUGACCCCAAAAUGAUGGCACUUUUCCACUGCACGUUACGGUUCGACUCGAAUCGACUCUGCUCACUUUACUUUUCUGAGUUUGCUUUUCCACUGCAGUUUAGUGCCGCCUCAACGUGGGUGGAAUUAUAGGCUGAUCGUCAUAGUUGUGCCGCCUCUACUGCCGUAGAGGCGGCACAAACGUGUCAAACGUGUCAUCUUAAAUGCGACACAAACAUUACUGACCAUAAACAAUAACACGACUGCUAGCUGUUAGCUGCUAGCUCAUUGUGCUGCAUAAAUCAGUUGUUGCAUGGUGAUUUUACACAAAUGUAACAGUUAAAUUGGCCUGGUUGUUUUAGAGGCAAGCUUUCCAGUAGCUGGUCAACUAAAUAAAGUGAAGCUUUCAAGCAGAAUAUUGAGUUAACGUACCAAAACGUACCUUCCUCCAUCGUGGACUCCAACAACGCCGAGUCUAGGGCACUCUCCCUCCCGUUGCUCGCCGGUCUAUUGCCAUAGAUAGCGUCCAUUUGGUCGAACCACUUCCACAUUCUUCUGUUUGAACCGCUCCGGCUGUUGUGGUCAUUGAUGGUUCUGUAGUCACUUAAGUUUUUUUUAACUUUUCCCUACACUGUUGGUUGGUCCGGUGGUAGCCGUGUGCGGCCAACAGCUGAGACACUUCCUGAAAGACUUUUUCAUUUCACGUCGUUUCGUUCGUCGCUAAAGAGAGGAACGUCUGCACCUCGUUUAUUGACCACGGCAUGGUUUUGUGCACAGCCAUUUCUUUUUACAAUUCGAAAGUCGCGUGAACAAAUGAUAUUGCUGUCGCUGUUGCUAACUUUAAAAAUAGCGGGUUGUUGUCCCGUGUAGCAAAUCCAGUGACACUGGUAGUGAUGAUUCUCUCUGACCAAUUGGUGAUCUGCAGGGUUUUGACGUCACAUUUAGUAUCGGCUCAGCUCGCUUGGAGGUGGUACUAAAAAAAGUAUCGGGUAGAGUCGAGACGAGUUGAGCUGUACCGUGGAGUGGAAAAGCCCCAUAGUCCAGAAAAGUAGUCUAUACGACUGGUGCACUAUAUUCAAAGUCUUCUAAAGCCAUACUUUUAUUGAGCUUUAUUGGGAGAAAAGACAGAAACUUAAGUGUUUAUUCACAAAAUGUCUUCUAAAAUCUCAUUAAUGUUUGCUUGUAUUCAAAUAUGGCACAUAUUUGAUGUGUCAGAGCCUGGUGUGUCAUCAGUAGUGCAAAACGUUAUUGGUUCUUGUGUUUCGUAACCAUAAGCAAAAUUUGAAUGCGUGCAAAAGUCAAAGAAAUGAGAUUUUCAGUCUGUUUCUCACACAAAGCUGUUAUAUGACUUUGAAUAUAGUGUACAAUUAUUUAAUUUUAUGGUACUUUUAUGAUUUUUAUUUUUUUUAUAAUUUUUGGAGAUCAACAGCAUUGUGGCACCAUUCACGUUCAUUUUAAGAAAAUAACAGCGUAAACACCCUCCCUAACAUAUCCUUUUUUGGUGUACGGAAUCAGUUGGGUAUGGAACGACAUGAUGGGGAAUAAAUUAUUUUUUUGGGUGAACUGUCCCUUUUAAAGAUUGAUCUCCCCAUCUCACCAGUGUCCCCUUCGUGAUUUUCAUUCUUAAUAGUGACCCCCUCAGGCAUAUUUAGAGGCGAAAUACCAGUAGAUGUAUUUGAACAAAUUGUCAUUGCUUGUGAAUACCGUGUUGAAUGACAGCACGACUUAUUUGAACGUCCCAGCAUGAUGCAUCAAUAGAAUUUGCUCAAAUAUUUUGCCCCUUGUCAUUAAGCUCACCCCUCCUUUUUUUAGUUAGAAGAUGCCUCUUAGCGAAAUUCCUCUAUGAAACUGAAAUUCCUAUAUUAGCUAUAAAGAUUAUGAUAUUACCCUUUUGUGCUAGAUUGUCUCUUGAAUGUAAUGGAUUUUGUACCUGUAUUUUUCUAAUUGCUUCAGUCUUUCGGUGGCUUUAUAUGGAGGAAUUCUUGGCUGUUUCCUCAAGUAAAUAAUUGUAUAAACUUCCAGUCCUCCUUACAGCACAGACCCUGACUUCUUUAGUGUGCAGUAUAUGCUCACUUUUGCUAACAAUACUACAGUCACCCUCAUCAGACAUCAAAUCUUGUUUUACGCAUUUCGAAGAGAAACAAAGCAAUCACAGAUAUUAAUUGCCAAACCUUCCACAUUUCACCUUCUCUUGAGUCUCAAAGGGAGUCUUAAAGUUCACCCAAAAAAUGGAAAUUUCAUUUACUCACCCUCAUGUCAUCAUUACAACAUUGUGGUGAGUAAAUGAUGACUUUUUUUUUUUUGUUUUGUUUUGUUUUUUUUGAGUGAACUAUCCCUAUAAUUACCGAAAUAUGCACCCUGUGAAUUAUGAUUCAUUUCUUUGUACAAGAAUGUACGUUAAUGGCUUUAGAUGCAGUUGUAGAGCCGUCUUUUUAAAAGCUUACCUGAGAUCCUGUACUGAUUCCUCUAAGGAGUUUCUACUCUUGUGUGCUUGGUCUGAUUAUUGUCACUAGUACUGUAUGAUGCAAUGUAUGGAUCUGAUUGUUACAGUCCAGUUGUUGAUGCAGCCUUGCCUUACUGAACCCUGCAUAGAGGGGGAUCCCUUCGCCAUUGCCCUUCUCACUGAGUCUUAUGUCAUAACACUGUCUGCUGACGCAAAUGUUAUUCUUUAAACACCUAUUAAAGUAACAUAUAUAUGUAACUGUUUGCUCUCUUACUUUCAAUACAGUAAAACUUUGCAUUGAAAUGUUUGGCAUUUGGAAUGUUCUAUUUAUAGUGAAUUUUCCAACAACACAAUAAAAGGUUGAUAAUG